CCCCGUGUCCCGGCGGUCCCCGCCCGCCCGCGCCGCCGCUCUUUGCAGAAGCUCCGCGGGCCCUGCUCCGCUCCGCCGCUCGACUUCCCCGGUGAUGGGGAUGCCCGAGCCCCCGAACUUUUCGUGGGUGUCAGAGGGGCGUCUGGCCGGGCUGGCCAUGCCACGGGAACCGGGGCAUUACCGGUUCCUGCUGGCCCAGGGCGUGCGACACCUGGUGUCACUGACGGAGCGGCCACCCCCACACCAUGGCUGCUGCCCCGGUGUCCAGCUCCACCGGCUCCGAGUGCCCGACUUCACCCCUCCAACACCCGAGCAGAUCCAGACCUUCCUGCAACUGGUGGAAGACGCCAACGCCCGUGGGGAGGCUGUGGCAGUUCACUGCAUGCUGGGGCACGGCCGGACAGGCACCAUGCUGGCCUGCUACCUGGUGAAGGAGCAGAAGAUGAGCGGCGGUGAUGCCAUCCGAGAGAUCCGGCGGCUGCGGCCCGGCUCCAUCGAGACGCGGGAGCAGGAGGAAGCCGUGAUCCAAUUCUGCCAGCGCCUUCAGUAGGUGCAGCCCCGCAGCCAGGAGUCUUCUCUCUGUGCCACUGCUCUCCCCAGAGGGUUUCCCUGUGCCGUGCUGGGGCCACGGGAUGGUGGCAUCCUGGGCACAGCGAGGAGGAGAGGAGCUGCAGCUCCCAAAACUCAUCUUGCCGGUGGGAUCUGCCCCACCACGACGCUGGAGAGGACAGCGAGGAGGUGUGAGCACAGUGCCAGACAGCUUUGAUCCAGACAGUUGCUCCAAAAUGGUGGGGAGCCUUUCCCAGCCCCAAGGUGCUGCCAUCUGCAUGCUUGCAUUAAAGGACUCUCCUGUGGCUUCUCUCCA